AUGGCUUCUCCAACACGCUACUACGCUUCCACCCCAAAAACUUCUUCUCGUCCUUCCUCUCGUUCCACCUCCCCUGUCAAGGCCGCCGACGUUCGCUCUCAGGCCAUAGCCAAGCUGAAGAGAGCCGCUUCUACCUCUCGUCAGCCUAACGGGCGUAGGCAGGGUGACUCCCCCUCCCGCAAUCCAGAUCAAGUCGAGUUUCAAUACGCCAGCAUCGAUCCAGGCCCAUCUAGAUAUGCAGACGCCGAGCAGCAACCUCGUAUCGAACAACCUCAAUCAUAUGAGCAGCAACACCAACAUCAUCAUCAAGUAGAGUACGACCAGCAUCAGCAUCAUCAUGAAAACUCUCCAAUUUACAAUCAACCCCAACAACAUCAUCAUGGCGACGUUGAACUUCUCUCACCUUCCCCCACCAUGCCUGCCUUUACCCAACUCUUCCCGCAGCAUCAAUACCAAAUGAUGCAGCGUUCUCUCUCGGCUUCUUCGCCGUUUCACUUACCAACUCCAGUACAUGUGCCCUAUGCGAUGCAGCUCGCACAGUCUUACAUUCCCUCGCUUUCCCCAUCAGCCGCCGCCUUUCCCGGAUCAGGGCGUAACACUCCCAGUCCACUGCCGACACUUGGUGAGCUGAGGAACCUCCAACGAUCCAACUCGGCAGCAGCGAGAGCUCAGGCGAUGUCGAAACUUACAGGCGGGAGGGACACACCGCAGGAAUCGGAUGAUGAUCAGGCUCUCGUUGCCGGACCUUCGGGUCUACAGCGAGCAGGAACCGUCGGUGCACCGAGGACUUUUGCAGACAUAAUCUCCAGACGGCAGGUCGAGCAGACUGAACCAGAGCCAAAAAGAGAACAGGAAAUUACAUCCGAAGAACAGCCUCUGGAGUUCGGUCCGAGACCGAGAAUACAUCGAAGCUUCACCGUAUCAUCCACCAACAUGGGAGAAGAGAGGCGAAGCGCAGUGGGGAGAAGAAUGGUUCUCCGCUUGGCAAACCGCCAAGCUGCGCGAGAAAAGGAAGAAGCUGAAGUGAGGCAAUUAUGGGAACAAAGACGUGCGGAACCAGGACAACAAGCGACGUUCAAUGCCGAUGUUACGCCCCCUGAAGACGACGACGAGGAUGAUCCAGUGUUGGAGCGUCCUUCGACAGCUCGACCGAAUGAAGAUCAUCUGACUGUCGAUGCCUCCUCUCGCGAAGACCCGAAUACUUUACAGAUCGACCGACCUGCGUCCAGAGGUACGAUGCGAUCGGCAGAUGAAGCCUUUGAAUAUGAAGCUCAUCUAAGGAGAAGUUUGUCGAGUAGAACAGCACGCGGUGCAAUGGGAGCGGUGCCAGAGCCUCAGAUCCACGCCCAAGCACUGCCAGUCAUUUCCAUGCAGUCCGAGAGCCUCGAACAAUUGCAUACUCCCGAUUUCCCUGAAGUCAAAGAGUCGGCACCGCUCUUUUCUCCAUCGAUUCAUACACCAAUCAAAGGAACGACUGCCCAGGCCGCAGUGGGCGGAGCCAUAUCUCCCACUGGGACGGAUGGGACUGUUCCAGGACAAUCGCCUGGCGGUGACUCGACACCAGCCAGAGAUGCGUUAAACUCGAUGAUGUUCGUCAUGGGUCGUGGAUCGAGUGGCGUGCCCGCCGCCCAUCGAAGUGGUGAUAACUUUCCCAUGGAGGUGGGCGAUAAUGGGAGUAGUGAUUGGGGUACUCCUGCAAAGGAGUUGCAUCCCCCCACAUUUGCAGAAUCUCCUCAACGCUCACCACUUGCCCCAUAUGCCUCCCGUCAGACCUCCUCUGGAGGCACGGACGAGCUUGAAGCCCCUUCCAUCUCUCCCCGACACAGUGGAGGAUCUUGGGUGGAUCUGGUCGGGACAAGUUCUCAAGUCCCCUCUGAUCCAAAUUCACAACACAAACAUAAUCAGUCCGUAUCUUCCAAGUUUCGAUCAGCCAUACGUCGUAAACGCUCUCAAUCACAUUCAUCAUCAGUGUCCAGAAGUCCCCCAACCAGUCCUAAAAUCCUCACUGAUGGACUCAACAUCGUCAAGACGUUUUCCCGUAGGGGAUCAAGUUCUUCCAUGUCACCUUCGACCAGCACAGCUCCCUCUGCAUCUAGAAACUCGCCAAUGUUACCUGCCGGUCAUGAACGUUCACCAUCCCAUCAGCCAAGUAUGAGUAGUUUAUCGGCCACUGCCUCCACUGCCGCUCACGAACUACCUGAUUCCGCCAACAGUGCUUUGAUCCAACAUCAACUUUCUGUCGAUCAUCUUCAAAGUCACCGAGGAUUUAUGCCCCGUGCUGAUCUGAGUGAUCAUCGUAUAAAUGCCAAACUUUCCCCAUUCCCAGGUUUCGCUCAACUGGAGGAGAACGUACGUCAUGGCGCAGGGGGCAUGGAGGCUCCCAAAUUAUUGCAUUUGGCAAGUGAUUCUGCCAUCCCUUCUCAACAACGAACUCAAGCCGAAGCAUCGAUUUACAACAUUCCACUCUCACAUCCUGAAGAUCAUAAACGUGGUUCUGCAGAUUCAGCCUCCCGUCGUGGUUGGUUAGCCAAGGCUUUUGGACAAGUCUCACCCAGGAAUUCCGGGGGCGUGUCGAGAAAAUCCAGUAAUCCUGAUAUUCACGAUCGAUCCCCUCGAUCCGCUGAAUCGCCUCUGUGGAACUUUGAGUCGGAUCCUUUUGCACCGCCCCCUCCUCCCCCGGCUGUACCUGCAAGAAUGGGACGAAAGGGUUCUGCGUCACCUGCAGUUUCUACUGUUCCGGAAGGAAGUGAAGAUGGAAGUCGUAUGACGAGGUUCACCGCCAAAGUAGAACUACCACAAUCGCUCCAGGAAGAGAAAGAGUCUUUCAAGACACAUGAGGAGGAAUCCAGAGGUCUGCCACCGAAAGGUGCCGAAGUCUUGAAAAGGAUGGAUGAUUUGUUGGCCUUAGAGGCUGAUGACCCUGCUCGACCAGAUAUCUUAGAUGAUCCUCCGAGAAAGUUGUUAUUAUCUGGGCAAGUUUUGCAGGUUGUCAACUCCAACACCGCCAAAGAUCGCUACUUAUUCCUCUUCAACGAUAUUUUGGUCAUCACCAAACCACUUUUGUCCACUUCUUUGGUCGCUAAUCUCGAUAUGAAAUUCAUUGUCAAACAUGUCGUCCCUCUUUAUUCCCUUCAAGUCUCUUCUUUCUCUGACCCACCCGUUGGACCUGAACGUCAUGCUGUCGUGGAAAGAUUUAUCAAUCAUUUUUCUGAGGAUCCCAUCAUGGCAUGUAAUUAUCUCAUCGAACGAUCAAACCCCCGUGUGGAUACUAUGGCAUUGGCAAGUUUGAUUUUCAAAACUCCUGAACUUGACAAGACCCAACUUGGUAUUCUUCUCUCUAAAAACGAAUCAUUAAGAAAUCAUUACAUCGAUCGAUUUCAUUUCACCAAUAUCAGACUUGAUGAAGCUCUACGAAUGUUAUUACUCUCUAUCCGAUUACCAAGUGAUAUGCUAUCAUCUGAAGAAUUACUUCGUUGUUUCUCUUAUCGAUAUCAUCUAUCGAACCGACAAAACUUUACAUUCUCUCAAGAAUUAACAUACGAAUUGGUAUUAUCAAUGAUGCAAUUGAACGACGCAAUCUAUUCAACAUUCGGAUUCGCUUUACCUAAUCAUUCGAUAACUCGAGAUGUUUUCAUUUCAGCCUUCAGAUCAAAAGAUCGUCAUUCUUCAAUACCAGAAACGCUUUUGAUAGAAAUGUACGGUUCGAUAAGACAUUCUUCACUUUUAAAUUCAUUAUCAAAAGAUCAAUCUUCUCAUUUAAGACAAAUCAACAUGAUACCAAAUCGAUUACCAACAAAAUUAUCAUUCAACAUUUGGUCGGAUACGAUUCGUAUCAUUAUCCCUCAACCAGAUCCUAAUUUUAAAAUCAAAUUAUAUGGAGAAGGAAUAGAAUUCGAUCCACCUUUACUUGAUUUCUCUUCUUCUUCAGAAAUGACUUUUCGUAUCAAAGGGAUUUCAUUAGGUCCAAAAACUUUGUUAUUCCAAAGAAAAGGUCAAAAUGCAAUGUUAUAUGAAGGAAUAGGUAACGGAAAGACGAUAAUGGUUGAAAGAUCAUUCAUGAAACAUACUUUUCAAAUUUCUUUCUUAGGGAAUCAAGGAAGUAAGAGGAAAUAUUGUUUUUCAGUACAAGAUAAUUCUAUUAGGGAAAAAUGGGGUGGAUUGUUAUUGAAACAAAUUGGAAUGAAUAGAAAAAGUAGGAAUUUAAAAAUUGAAAAUCAUAGAGAAAAGAUUAAACAAGUUGCGGAAAAUGUUAGUUUACAAGUUUUGAAAGAUGCUUUGAUACCUCUUGAAACUAUCACUCCAUUUUUAAAUUCUUCCCAACCUAGACCUUCUCUUCCUAAUCAUCUUAGUCAAUCCAAUCAAAUUAAUCAAGUCAUUCAAUCAAUUCAAUCCAAUCAACCUUUUCAACAAAACCAAUCGAACAUUUCAUCUCAAAACGCAGAUUUCAUCGAGAAACAAUCAUCACAAUCAAUUUCUACGAUGAACGACAAGAAAACAAGAUCAGGUAGUAUAAGCGCAGCUUAUUCUGUCCAUGGUGGUCAGGCUGAAAAAUCAUUAGGACCAUUGAAACCUUCUGGUACACAAAUUGAUGAAGAGGUCAAAAACGGUUUGAUAAAUUGUCAAACUGGUAAAGAAAUGGUCUUACUUUGUAGACAAAAUAGUUUGUUACCUGGUUUAUUGGAAUUGUUACAACGAAUGGAGAAGAAGAAGAAAGUUGGGAGAGAAAAAGUCAUACGAAACAGAAAUCUUUUGGUGUGA